ACAAUGGAAAUAAAUACAGUAAUGAAAAUUGAAAAGACGGUUUUAUGAAAUAAGAAAAAAUGGAAAGCGAACUUGGCUUCUUGGUUUCUGUUAUGAUCAUAUGUGCAGACAUUACAGCUGCAGUCCUUGGGAUCGAAGCCGAGAUUGCUCAGAGCAAGCAACAUCAUCAUCAUCAACAACAACAACAUUCAAGACAUCAGGAUCAUCAUGGAUGUCAAAAAACCCCGAGCUCUGGAGCUUUUGCUGAGGGAAUAGCUGCAAUGGUGCUUCUGUUGAUUGUCCAUGUCACAGCAAAUGUGCUUGGAGGCUGCACUUACAUUCGCACUAACCAAGAUUUCAAGAGAGCAACGGCGAACAAGAUACUCGCAGUGGCUUUCCUUGUUCUCUCCUGGAUCUUCUUUGUUGUCAGCUACUCAACGCUGAUGUUAGGUACAUUGGCCAACUCGAGAUCGAAUAGAUUCUGCAGCUUGCCAAGUCGUUGGCUCUUCCUUAUUGGAAGCAUAUUUUGUCUAGGACAUGGACUGGUGACUUCAGCAUAUUAUGUUUCAGCCAUUGCUACUAAAAAAGAAGACAAAGAGAAUGUGCAACAACAAAAUCCAGCAAAUACAAGCCGCGCAUAAUGUCCUGUCUUUUCGACAAAACAUGUUGUGUAUGUAUAAAAAUU